AGAUAAAGCCCUACGGAAGAGAGCUGCAACUACAGUAAGUAAACUCAGUCUUUCUACAAGUUCCUGGCUGGGCUCUUCACAGGACAUUCUGACUCAGUGGCUCCAGUUCUUGUGGCUGAAAAGAGCCACAGACGUCAACGGAGAAAAGAAAAGGAUGAAACAGGGAUAUAUAUCGAGAACUUCCCACACACAAGUUAUGAAGCCAAUGGAUUCCUUACUUCAUUUUUUCUUCAUUGUUGUGACAUUAUCCACAUCUGAAGUGAAAGCAGAGAUACCCGAGUCCACAUGUUUUGAAUCUGACUGGGAGACUUACAGGCUUAUUCAAGGGGAAGCCUUUUAUUAUGAGCCUCUAGAGAUAGAAGAUCCCAUGUACCCUGGUGACAAUUUCACUUGGUACAAAAAUGGCCCAGUGAUUGAGAACAUCACCACCGACGAGAAACACCGGAUACAUUACCAUGGUGGAGGACUGUUUUUCUUCAACCUUACCAUUGCUGAUGCAGGCAAUUACACUGGAAAGCUGAUAAAACCAACAGGAGAAUGUGUUAAAUACCAUGUAAAAAUUGAAGUUUAUGAUGGAAAAAAUCGGGACAUAUUGACCUAUGGAUCAAUCACCAAUUCUAACGAUAACAAAAUGAUUCCAUGUCCGAGUCCUAUCAAAUACAUAUGUGAAACCUUCGAUGGAAACUUCACCUGGUACAAGGAUGACAGUCUUCUUCCAGGAGAACAUGAAGAGGACCUGUGGGUGAAACAAGCCACUAAAUAUCACGAGGGCAUAUACACCUGCAUCUGUACCUGGACUCACAAUGACAGGGUCUACAGCUCGUCCGGCUCCAGGAGACUAGUGGCUCUUGAGAAAGUUAAUCACCGUGAUGUUAAAAUCCUCUCCCCAGUCGAUAAGGAACAAUUUGCUGAACAAGGCUGUGGCGUCAAGCUGAACUGCUCCGUUUUCUGCGGGACAAAUGUGAAAAACAACUGUAAGGCCGAGUGGCAGAUUCCUGGAAAAGAGUUGAGCCAGAUGAAAGGAUAUAAUCAAAUACAGAAAAUAGUGAUGAAGGAGCCUUCAAAGGAAACCAUCUCCAACGCAAUCCUGACCAUUGACAAAGUAUCCGCCCAGGACUUCCAGCAUCAGUUUGUAUGUGUCGGUGUGGGCUUUUACACCAAAAAUAACUUCACUCUAACUCUCAAACCAAGAGAGUCAGCCAUUCCACUGAUCGUAGGAGGAGUGUGUGUGGUGUUGAUCUCCGUAUUAGCUGCUCUGCUAAUAAAAAGUUUUGCCAUCGACAUUGCUCUCUUCUUCAGACCGUUGUUCCCUCUUGGCAGCCAUGAUAAAGAUGAGAAGCUGUACGACGCGUUUGUGGUCUACCAGACGCAGAACCUGGACAAAGCCACUGAGGACAAACUCUUGUCUUUCGUUGCAAAGACUUUACCCUCGGUCCUUGAAGAUAAGUGUGGAUACCGACUCUUCAUCCAGGGGAGAGACGACAUACCGGGGGAAGAUCAUGUGGAGCUGGUGGAGAGAUGCAUGAACCAGAGCAGGAGGCUGAUGGUCAUCCUCCCCCCAGGCUCAGCAUCAGGACCGGAACUUCCAGACAAACAUCCUGCCUGGCCUUCAACCUCAGCUAUUGGAGGGUUUGACUGGCAGGUUGGGCUCCACCAGGCGCUGGUCCAGAGAGAGAUGAGCGUGAUCCUGAUCCAGCUGGGGGACCCGGGGCCCCAGGGCUACAGCCACCUCCCGCUCAGCCUGCAGCACCUGAUCCAGGAGAGCGCCCCCAUCAGGGGGCCAAGCCAACCACGGGUUCAGGAGUGCGGAAAGUCACGGUUCUGGAAGAGAGUCCGAUACCUGAUGCCUGUAAAACCUGCCAAGAAAUGUGACUUUUCUUCUAUCUUAUGAAAAUGUGACAUAUCGGUAGUAGA